UGCUCAAAAUGUGACAUGUUGACAGCUCGGACUUGCAGACUACCACUCGAAUGCACGGCUAGUCAUACAAAAGUCAUUUCCAUGAGCCAACCACCACCUAAUCCGUCUCACUUACUUCGCUCCCAUCUCUCCGGGGUGAAUACGUUAUGGUUUUCUGACGAUAACGAACGCCUAUAUUCGGGCGAUACAUCUGGAACAGUCAUAAUCACGUCUACUCGCACCCUUAGAUCUAUUGCUUCUUGGAAGGCUCAUGAAGAUAGCGUUCUUAGCGUGCAAGAGUGGGAAGAGUACAUCUUAACAGCAGUCAUGGACGAGACAACAAGCUUCACGUAUGGAACAUAAUUCAAGAUAAUGCUUCCAAAGUAAGGGAAGCAGCCUCGCAACCUGGACUUCCUACACCAACCCUGCGAUAUUCAAUGGAUGUCAACGCUCUGAAUUAUUGUCGGUUCUCUUUGAUGCCACUAUCCGACGCUACUCGAACGGAAGAGACCACAGCUCUGAUAGCGCUUCCGAACUUGGUGGAAUCCUCCCUGGGAGAUGUUUGGACAGUGCCAUCUCAAAAGCGCUUACACGCUGCCAUUGGAAAGGCGGGCCAGGAUCCUACACCGGCCAUUGAGGGACGUGGUACCAAUGCUACGGGGAUUAUAAUGUCUCUGCAUCUGUUCACGUUUGCUCAUCCACACCAUUCUGACCGUACACAACUACGUCUACUAUGUGCAUACGAAAAUGGCGGUGUGACUCUGCGAGCAUUUACAAGAACCGACAAGGAAACUUCCGUAGAGGGAAUCGGAUGGGACGUUAUAUGGAGUUCGAAACUACAUGUUGAAUCUGUUAUGGCGAUGGCAGUUUCGAGAGAUAACGCUCUUGCGUUGACCGUUUCUGCCGAUCAUCUGAUCGGCCGUUACGACCUUCUUAAAGCAGAGGAAGUAGACACCACUGAAGCAUGUGUUGCUCAUAGGACGAAAUAUGCGGGGAAUGCCUGCAUCGCUAUUCGCGAUGAUGGGAGGGUGUGCGCUGUCGGCGGUUGGGAUGGGAAGAUCCGCCUUUACUCAACAAAGUCACUACGACCUCUUGGUACACUGGAUUAUCACAAGAAAGGUUGUCAGACGCUGGCUUUCGCACACUCAAGGGAGGCGGCGGAGACAAUUCAUGAUAAUGAGGACGAGGAUGAGAUGUCCCCAGAGGAGAGAGAAGAGAGAGGUCGAUGGCUGGCAGCCGGCAGUCAAGAUAACAGAGUAUCUAUUUGGCCGUUAAUCUCGUUCAGUCGGCAACCUUAGUCAUAUUUUGUUUUUGUAUCGCCCCUUGCUUUCACGCAUAAAUAGGUCCCUCAUUCAAGUCCACUGCAACUCAACUGAACUUGAGUUAACUUAAUUGGUUCAUUCACUUCGGCUAUGAAUAACUCUCGGGAAUGUCAAAUCAGACCUCGUGCUUGCUUUGAUGCUUCGCGAUCAUAUGGGUACAAAUUCUACCACGCAAUCGCCAUGAGUUCCUUC